UUUGUGUUCAUUCUUGUUGGUGGGGUCCCCUGAAAUUCUUUUUUUGAUGCUCCUAUGUCAAAAGUUCUUGAAGCUGAUGACCCUUGCGAACGGUGUGGAACCACAAGCGAUGAUGAUUUGUGUGCUGACGAGCGGUGAGAGUCCGCAAGUGAAGAAGCAUGUGAACUGAUAGAAUAACUCAGCGACGAAGAUGAAGAUUCUUCUCUCACCCACGUUUUUCUUGGACACGAACAAUAAGCCGUCGAAGAAAUCUUUCUCGAUCGGAAAUUAGAAGAAACACUUCGCGACUGAGAACCAGGAAUUUCUACUCGAGUCGAAGCCAAAGGUCCGGAAUGAGUAUCGUGCGACUGAGACGGGCCUUUGCUUUUCGAAUUUACGCAGCGACGUACCUUCCUCGAUCGUCCUCGCCGGUGAUGUUGUUUGCUCUUCGCACGUUUCUCCUUCUCCAGGCUUGAGUGUUUCUCUUUCUCCAGGUUUGAGCGAUUUUCUUUCUCCUGUUUUAAGCUCUUCUCCUUCUCCACUUUUCCGCUCUCAACCUUUUCUGCGAGCUUCACCAUUUUUUCGCGCGAAAUCUUUCGGGACUGCGAACUAAGAGAAACAGUUCUCGUGACUCCGAUUGCGGACUAGCGAGCGACUGCGACGAACCAUGUUUGUCAGAUCGCUGAAGAUGCCUGGUAUUCUUCGAACGAUGUUGAUCUCUCGCAUCCAAUCUGGCAAGAAUCGUUGCUAACAUCUCCAUAUUUUGUUGAUGAAUCUUCUCCAAGCUAUCCAUCCUUGCGCGCGUCGGUACCAUCCACAGUGAUCAAAGUCUCUGAUACCAAUGUUAGAGAUCUCCAGCAAUCCAAACGAUUAACAGAAAUUUAACAAGAAACAAAGGAAUUUUAUUGAUGAAGAAGAACAAGAACAGUAAUCGUAACAAGAAGCUGGCCGAAGCCCCCCAAAAGAAAGAGAAUAGCUCUCGAUCUUCCCAAGUCCCAGAUUAUACGUCCCAAAAGCCUCCUUACUACCUUCCCUCUACAUCUAUCUAUACUAUAAUACUGCCUAAGCCUCUAUUACAACUAUUAUUAUUAUUAUUCUUUCUAUUAUUAAUCUAAUAGGUAGGUCUCUAUCAGGUGGACCGGUUCCGGUUCGGACCUGGGCGCGGCCGGGCCUCGAUUCAUGAACGGGGAGGCCCGGAACCGGCCCGGGUAACCCCCGGGUCUGGGCCGGGUCGGGCCUCGGUUCUUAUAUUUUUUUUUUGGCUUUUCCUAAUUAACCUCCAACCCUCCCCCCUCACCCCCAAACCACCCCAAACCACCUCAAAUGGCCCAUCAUACCCAGCCCAACCCAAAAACUAAAAAAAAUCAAAAAUAAUAAUAAUAAUAAUAAUCUGGCCCGGACCGGGCCCGAACCGGCCGGGCCGGUUCACGAUUUAGGAGGCCCGGGCCCGGCCCGCCUACCUCACCAGGCCGGGUGGCCCGAACCGGGCACCAACCGGUUCACCGGGCCGGACCGGGCCCGCACAGUAGCGGGUCGGUCUGGUUCCGGGCCGGUUGGCCCGGCCCGAGUCCACUCCUAUUUGACAAUAAUGGGUGGCUCAUAUCAAUUCACCUUUUUCUACUCAAAUCUCAAUCACAAUUUUUACCUUUUCAACCACUUUCUUGAAACUUGUGGAAAAGCAAACAAGACAAUUAAUUCGGGACAGAGGGAGUAUAAUUUAAAAUUUUCAGAUACGUACAUUCCAAACGGUAUUAUAGGUGCUAUAGUUCAAUUAAAUUAAUAAAAACAAAGUUAAUUAAAAUAAAUUAACAUGGUCCGUACAACAAAGAGCCUGGUCCACUACUACUUACAUACUAACCAUGACCAGUUUACUGGAGAUAAAAGUUAGAGACAAUUUGAGUUUGCACCCCAUUUUAUUGUAUAAAUUGGAUAUUGCACCCUAUUUUUAAAAAUCUUUGUUUUUGCACCCCAACUCUAUUUGAAAAGACAAAAAUGUCCUUCCAUUAAAAAUUUUGUUGACCAUCAACAUAUUCCUGAUCAAGGGCAUUUUUAUCUUUUCAUAUGGGGUUAGAGUGUAAAAACAAAUAUUUUAAAAAACGGGGUGCAAAGUCCAAUUUGAACAAAAAAGUGGGGUGCAAACUUAAAUUAUCCCUAAAAGUUAAUGGGGCCAUUUAUAUUUGGGAAAACUGUCAAAUAGGUCCUUGAACUUUCAUUAAAAAGUCAAUUAAGUCCUUCUAUAGGAGACUCUGUCCGGUCGUCGCGAUUUGGGGCGGUUCCCGGUGGAAUUUUUUGAUGAAUUUUUUUGAACAUCUUAUUCAUCAAGUCUAGUUUACUCAUACCAAAUUUCAGCUAAAAAUUUAAUCGGGAGCGCAUUCAAAUUAAUUCGAGAACGCAAAAAUGCGCAGUUAUCUUAAAGAAUUAAUUUGAAUGUGUUCCCGAAUGAAUUUUUAGGUGAAAUUUGGUAUGAGUAAACUAGACUUGGUGAAUAAGAUGCUCAAAAAAUUUCAUCAAAAAAAUCCACCGAGAACUGCCCCAAAUCGCGACGACCAUACAGAAUCUACUAUAGAAGGACUUAAUUGACAUUUUUAUGAAAGUUCAAUGAGAGAUAGUUUUCCUUUAUAUUUUUCAUUGGGGGCACUUAACUUUUUUAUCUUUAUUGGCCCCCGUUGUUUUACACGUACCUCCGCCCCUGGACUCAACCAACCACCUCUCUCACAUUUUUCCCUUUUUUUUUUUGAGAAAACGAAGGAAUAAAAUCAAAGUCGGUUGAGCGCCGAUUAAACGGAUAACAAUGAUGGAUGAAAGCAGAAAGUAGAAUCGUCGAGAGGAGAAGCUGAGAAGAAUAAAUACUCCGUCGAAAAACACGGCCGAUAAAAUGGUGAUCUCAGAGAAGCAAGAGGCUCUUGUGAAGGAUUCGUGGGAAGUGAUGAAGCAAAACACAUCUCAACUCAGCCUUCGUUUCUUUACCCUAAUCCUAGAGAUAGCUCCAGCAGCAAAAGAAAUGUUCUCGUUCCUCAAGGACAGUGAUGAUGCUCUUCAUCGCAGCAAUCCCAAGCUCAAGUCUCAUGCCGUCAUAGUCUUCAAGUUGACUUGUGAAUCUGCGGUUCAGUUACGGGAGAAAGGUGUAGUUGUGGUUGGGGGCACCACCCUCAAGCAUUUGGGAGCUGUUCAUCUUGAAAAGGGACUCACUGCCCCUCACUUUGAGGUAGUAAAGGAAGCUCUACUACGAACAGUGGAAGAGGCAAUGGGGGAGAAGUGGAGUGAGGAGAUGAAAGAAGCUUGGGGUGAAUCCUAUCAUCACUUGGCUGCUGCUAUCAAGCAUGAGAUGCAGGCCCAAGCGGCGGAUGCCUUUUCUUCUCCUAGUAGUUAAAGUUCCAAUUAUUGUUCACGUAUCAACCAUUCCACUCUAGUUUUUCUACUUUCCCUUGGUUAUCUUUGAUAAUUUGCUUUAGCAAUAUUCUACAUAUACUAAUUACCCCAUAAACCAAUAAUUAAUGGUUCAUUAUAUUGCCUUUUUCAAUAAAACAUGGUCUUUACAUGAUAAAUGUAACAGCUGUAUCAUUUCCCCCUCCCCCUAAAAUAUGACUACGUGAUCUUAA